AUGAAUGUGUCUGGAAUGGAGGAGCACAUCACUCUAAAAUAUGAAAUCAAGAAGAGGAUUGGAAAAGGGGCAUAUGGCAUCGUAUGGAAGGCAGUUGACAGAGAGUCAGGAGAAGUUGUGGCUGUGAAAAAAAUCUUUGAUGCCUUCAGAAACAGGACAGAUGCCCAGCGAACAUUCAGAGAAAUUAUGUUUCUUCAGGAGUUUGGAGAUCACGCCAACAUUGUUAAGCUUCUAAAUGUCGUCAGAGCACAGAAUGACAAAGACAUUUACCUCAUCUUUGAAUAUAUGGAUACCGACCUGCAUGCUGUGAUAAAAAAAGGCAACCUAUUGAAAGACAUUCACAAGCGUUACGUCAUGUACCAACUUCUCAAGGCCACCAAAUACCUGCACUCAGGAAACGUCAUUCACAGAGACCAAAAGCCCUCCAACAUCCUGUUGGACACAGACUGCCUCAUCAAGCUGUGUGACUUUGGGUUGGCCCGAUCGCUCUAUCAGAUCCAAGAGGAUGCUGGGAACCCGGCGUUGACAGAAUAUGUGGCGACACGAUGGUACCGAGCUCCUGAGAUCCUGCUGGGAUCCACGAGGUACACCAAGGGUGUGGAUAUGUGGAGCAUCGGCUGUAUCCUGGGAGAGAUGCUGCUGGGAAAAGCCCUGUUCCCCGGGACAUCCACCAUCAACCAAAUAGAGAAGAUCAUGAGUGCCAUAACACGCCCUAGCCCGGACGACAUCCGAUCCAUUAAGUGUGAAUACGGUGCAUCUGUCAUUCAGAAGAUGUUUUUGAAACCCCAGGUGGCGCUUGAGGACCUUCUAGAGCCGUCUGUGCCCUCUGAUGCUCUGGACCUGUUGAGACGCCUGCUGGUUUUCAACCCAGACAAGAGGCUGACAGCUGAGCAAGCUCUCCAGCACCCAUACGUAGCCAGGUUUCAUAACCCAGCCAAGGAGCCUUCUCUCGACUAUGAUGUGGUGCUGUCAGUCGACGAUGACGUUCAGCUGUCGGUGUUUCAGUACCGCAACAAACUUUAUGAGAUGAUGCUAGAGAAAAGAACCAAUCAGAAGAUGCCAAGACUGAUUCACCCAAAGCAAAGAGAGAGAUCUGGUUCUGAGUCAGCAGAUUCUGGACCUCGGUCAGCACAUGAGAAUGGGGACUGCAUCAAUGGUGAGGACAAACCCAAGGAGAAGGAAAAAGGAGAAAAGGACCCAUUCAUAGUCAACGGAGACCUUGAUGAUCAUGAUGGAAAAAUGCAAAAGGAGAGGGCCGACAAGACGAACCAUCUGCCUACACGAACAAUCAUUACCAAUGUUGGGCUAGUGAAUGUACCCGUCCAGCCCACUGUGGAGAAGAUGAGUCCAGCAAUUAGCCUAGUAAUGGGGAAACUCACAUAUAACCCAAUUACACAUGCUCCAAAUGGUUUUGUCAGGAGUCCCGGUGGCACUCCUCACCGUCAAGGCAAGAAACCAGUGCAACAGACUACCAAUGAAAGUGUCUCAGCAACAGAGGUCGCCAGCGUCAAUACAUCCACAGAACAGAUCCUACAGUGUGGUCGGUCAGCCCCUGCGGCCCAUACCCGGUCUUUGCCAACAUCCCUCACACAGGCCCAGAGCAACCCGCUGGUCUGUAGAGACGAGUCACCUGUGUCUUCAGUGAUAUGUAUCACCUCUGCACACCUGAACCAGUGCUCCCACUCUCAGGUUCGUGACACACACCCCCCUCCCCGGUUCAGCAAGAAAGUCUUCCAGAGUAGCUCUAAUGUGUCAGCCGCAGGAGACCCAAAAGCCAAACUGGGCAGCUAUUCCCAAGCCUAUGGCACCAUCAAUAAGACUCAGUUGGACAAUCUGCUGCGACGACACUGUUAUAAGAACUAAACCAGAGGAGCGGAGCUAGCUAGAUAAGCGUAAUGUUUGUAUCGGCCCUAACUAGUGCAGAGUUAUUUGCCUUCACUCGGUACACAUAUGCUGGGUUGGAAGAAAACUUGUGAAGAAAAGGGGAAGAUGAAAAUCAUGCUCUGUGCAAUAAAGACAGACUACCGUUGUAUACUUUGUAAUUAUACCCAUGGAGACAGAGAUCUGCCCACUGUCUAUGACAGUGAAUGCAUAUUUGUAAUAUUUAGUGUGACUUGAUUGAACCUUAAUUUAAAUUUAGCUAAAAAUGUAUGACA